AUGAAGUGGACCACUAGUCUCGGCGCAGUCGAAGACAGUGAAGAGUUGUCGCUCAUGGACCCACUCUAUGACCUCACGUCCGCGCGAAUGAAGAAACUAUUUUCGUCAUUUAAUCCUCAAGAUAACGGUAUGGUGUCGUACGAAGGGUUCCGACGUGGAUUAGAAGCUAUGGGCAUCUCGUGUCGCGACGAUGAGCUGUUUCAAGCAUUUAUUGAGAAAAUGGACGACGACCAGAGCGGCGGCAUCACCUAUCACGAGUUUGUCAAUGCCAUCCAGGAGAUCAAACUCGCCCAGCUGUUCAAUCCAGAGUACCUGCGCAAUAUGCCGCUCGAAGACACGGCCGUGAAGCCCGGCAGCCGACGGGGAAAAACCCCUGCCGUGCUCGGAUCCAUCGAGUACUCGCCCGACCGCAUUCGGAGCGUGCACCCAAUCGACCAAGUGCAGCGAUUUAUCUACUCGACGAAACCCAACUGGGCGACUGUACGAUGGAUCAACGUCGAGGGCAUUGAUCCGCUCUUGAUGCGGCGCUUAGCUGUACGCUAUCGUCUCCACCCACUGGCGGUCGAAGAUACACUCGAUACGGAUGUUGAGCGUCCAAAGUACGACGAGUACGACGAACAUUUGUCGCUUGUGGUGCAGACGAUCCACGCACGGGACCUGUGGCUCGUGAAAAAGUACCAAAGUAUGUACCGAGCGUCUCUGUACGUGCACGACGAGGACGUGUCGCCGUUUGACAGCAUGACGAAAAAAGAAUUGGACGAACAUUUGAACAAGCUAAAAAUUGGCAGCGUCAUGACGGCGCCGCAGCAGCUGAGUUUGUACAUAAUGGACGACGUCCUCAUUAGUGUGCAGGAACGCUCGAGCUCACUAUGGUCGAUGCUGAAGCAGCGACUGGAUCGAUCAUACUCGAAAGUGCGUCAGCACGGGACUGCGUUUCUCGCGUACACAAUUGUCGACGUUUGUGUGGACGAAUUGGCGCCGCUGACGCACACAUUUGGCGCGAAGCUCGUUAUGCUCGAGCGACUAUUGUGUCUGGAUCUUCGCUACUUUGAUGUCAGCCGACUCGCGUGUUGCGCAAAGCAGAUCAAAGGUCUGCAAGUGCUUUGUAAGCCCCUGAGCGAAGUGAUUCUGCACCUUUCGGAAGCCGAAGAGUUUGAGGGCGAAACGCUGAGGUAUUUUCGUGACGUGUUGGACCACGUGACCACAGUUGAGGAAGACUGCGAGCGUCAUUUGGAUCGCUGUCGAAGUCUCAUGGAGGAUUUCCACAAUGCUCGAGCAGCUCAGCAGAAUGACGUGAGUUACAUUCUCGCUCUGGUCGCUGCCAUCUUUUUGCCCGCUCAGUUCCUCACGGGACUCUAUGGUAUGAAUUUCACCAACAUACCCGAGCUGCAACACCGUAACGGGUAUUUUAUCUGGUGGGUGGUUGUGCUUUUGAUUGCGCUUGGUACGAUUGCCAUGUUUAAGUAUUACAAGAAAUGGCUGUGA